CCAAUAUUGGGUCGAAUAUAAACCAACGCUUUUGAUUAUUGCUUUAAACUUAAAAUGGAAACUUGCGGCCUUAUCUGUGUGAGCAGGGACUACGAGAAGUUUCUAAUGCGCUGUUCCUAUUGCCCAACGGACGUGGAUGUGGCCCAAUGGCAGGACUUUGUGCUGCACAUUCGCAAUAUGCAUAGCAAAGUAAGGAGUAUGGAAGACAACUUCGAAAAUGUGUCUGAAGUGCUAAAAGUGGAGUCUGGCCAGGUAGAUCCUUCAGAGGAGGAACGCCAAGCGGAAGAGCUGAUAGCUCAUGAAAGGGAAUUGGGGGACGGGGCCAGUGUAAUGUUGAAUGUAGACACAGUUCAUUCGUCGACAAACGAGACAGAGGAGUCGGACACCUGUUUGUUUACAGAUCAAGAAGAAUCCGACCAGGAGGGGGACCCUAGUGAACUAGCUCUGGAUGAUCUAAAUUUAAAAUCCACACCCACAUACAAGUUUUAUCCAUCCUUCUUUCGCCGAGACCACCGAACCUUAAAGUUCAUAGAGAUCUACAAAACUCACCCGUGCCUCUGGCAACCCGCACACAGCGACUACAAGGAACCCAAUAAAUGCAAAGAAGCCCUAAGGCGUAUGGCAACUGAAUUAGAGGCAACUGUGUCCGUAUUCAUAAGCGAGAUUAGCCUAAAGCUGGCCAUCAAAAAAGUCAACAUGCAGUUCAACACCGUGCACAAGCGAGUGCUGUCUGGAAAACAAAAACCUCAAUCGCUGGCUUUCAGUAUAUAUAAAUUGUGUAGCUUCUUAAAGGCUAGCAGUGAUGAAGAAGGGGCUAAAAAAAACGACAAAAUCAAGCUUGAUUUCUCCAAGAAAAACAAGCUGACUACCGACCUGAUAGAGAUGUAUGCAAACUUUCCGCAGCUGUACGACUCCGCCCACAAGGAGUUCUCAAAUAUGAACUCUCGAAAACAGGCCUACGAGAGCAUGGCUGCAGAGUUUUCAGUACCCAAUGUGGAGAUCAACAGCGAUGACAUCUUCCGGGCCAUCCAGAAUCUCCGCCAAUGGUUCUACAAGAGCACCAAACAUCCCAUUAUUGGCGGCAGUGCAGCCGAGAAGUUCUACCUAGAGGUGUGCCGGUUUAUGCCUCCAAAGAUGUACAAGCAGCGGCUGGUCUGCGAGUUUUGCCACCAGAUCACGUCCUCAGAUCACGUCCUGCAGUCGCACAUCUUCAAGGCGCACAACAUCGGUGAGCUGCCGUUCAAAUGCACCUUGUGCGACCGGAGUUUUGUGGGACGUUGCGAGCUGGCGAACCACAUGCAGCGGGUCCACAUCGGCAAGACUCACAAGUGCAACCAUUGUGAGCGUACAUUCGCUGUGAUGUCAGACCUGCAGCUGCACAUCCGUACUCACACUGGCCAUAAGCCUUACGUCUGUGAGCAUUGCGGCAAAGCCUUCCGACUAAGGUCCCAAAUGACGCUCCACGUUACGGCUAUUCACACCAAGAUCAGAGCAUUUAAAUGCACCAUGUGUCCCAAAGACUUUGUGAAAAAGGUCGAUCUAUCGGAUCAUAUCAAGGGCCAUUUAAAUAUCCGCGACAAAAUCUGCAGUGUGUGUGGUAAGGGAUUCACCAGCUGCCAUGCACUGAUCCGACACCGGCAGAUUCACUCCGAAGUGAAGAAGUUUGUAUGCAAACUCUGCGACACCAGGUUCUCCCAAUUUGUGGGUCUUAAUACGCACAUGAAGCGCACCCACAACAUUCUUCGUAACAAUUCACAAAAGGGUAAAGAUGCUGCGGAUGCCGAGCAGUGAACUUGCAUAAAUUUGCAUUAAAAAUGCCUUUAAUGAAGAGGAAAUCUUUUCCAAAAGCGGAAAAAUAAUAAGUAAAUACACAAAUUAGUUAAAAACAGCAUGUUUUAAUAUUUUGUAAAAAGGUAUACCCUCUAUUCGUACGCAAGUAGAAGGAAGCGUUAAAGUAUAUACAUAUACUAUUGAUCAGGAUCACUAGCCGACUCGAUUCGACCGCGUCCAUCUGUCCACGUUGCCACGCCCAAAAACUUUCGAUAACUGACACGCCCAUACUUCUGAAAAACGUUUUGAUUUGUUUUAGCUAUAUAGCUAAUUAUAAUUUCUUCCACUUCCAACCACUACCUAAAUAACGAGCGUUCUCUCAUGCUUAUUUUCGUUU